AAAGGGUGCAGCAUGAUGGCGUGUGAGGAUGAUCUGCACAAAGCUCAUAACUCUACAUCAGUCACAGAUGGACUCUCUGCAACUUCAUUUAUAGAAUAUCCAAAUUACAAGCCAUUUAUUAAUUCUGAUUUGCAGCGCUCCCCAUGGAAACCAGUAAUUCCAUAUCCUGAAAGUCAUAGCAGAGCCAUAUUUUCUGCUCUGAAGAAUCUCCAGGAAAAAAUUCAUCGGCUGGAGUUGGAAAGGUUUCAGGCGGAGGAGAAUGUAAAACACCUCAGCAGGGAAACAGCAGACUAUAAGAAAGUACUGAGUGAACAAAUGGAACAUAAAGAGCAUGACAAGACUGAAGUGUCAAAGAAAAAUCAAGAACUGGCUUCUCAGCUGGCAGCUGCAGAGUCUCGGUGCAGUCUUCUAGAGAAACAGCUGGACUACAUGAGAAAAAUGAUCCAGCAUGCAGAAAAUGAGAAAUCUCAUCUCUUGGAGAAACAGGGUUCAUUGGAGAGAGAUCGGCUUCUUAAUCAGUCACAUGUUCAGUCUAAAUUGGAAAAGCUGGAUAUGCUGGAAAAAGAGUAUAGGAGACUUACUACGAUGCAGUCCAUAGCAGAGAAAAAAAUGAAAGAGCUGGAACAGAAGCUUUGGGAGGAAGAACAUGCAAGGAAGCUUGUUCAGGAAAAAGCAGCUGAGCUUCAGACAGGCCUGGAAACCAACAGACUACUGAUUCAAGCAGCAUCACCAUUGCUUUCUCCAAAAGCAAGACAACCCAGGAAAAAAGCUAAGCAGACAGAGAAGAAAUGCCCUGUUGGAAGCCGUUCCACUGUGCAGCCCCAUUACAGACUGUGUCUGGGUGAUGUACCCUUUGUGGCUGGGAAGUCUACCAGUCCCAGUCAUUCAGUUGCUGCCAAUGUGCAACACGUGCUACACCUGAUGAAACAACACACGAAAGCUUUGUGUAACAGACAUGUGGUAAACGAUACUCCACUGGCAAAACCCAUCAGCACUGCUUGUCCUGCCAGCAAAAGCAGAAGGCCAUCCCUCCCAAUGGAAUCGUCUUCAUCUCAGGAAGAGCUCUCAGAAGUGUUGCUGACUUUACAAGAUGAAUUUGGACAGAUGAGUUUUGAUCACCAGCAGCUGUCAAAGCUCAUCCAGGAAGCCCCCACCACUGCAGUCAAGGAAGAUCUGGAGAGGGAACUUGAGGCACUGGUGGGAAAGAUGGAAGCAAAGGCAGACCAGAUCAGCAAAGUUCGGAGGCAUCAGUUGCAGCUAGAGAGACUUAAGAGAGAAUGCAAGUCCAAAAAGACUUCUGCUAAACCAAUGAAAGACAGCAGGUUCCCUGUUAGUGAGGUUAAAGUAACAACUACAGUAACCACAAAAGGAAAGAAUGCUGGUCCCAUCAAAGUGAAACCUGGAGAGAAGAGUCGCAAGAAUCUUCAGUUGUUGAGAGACAUGCAGACCAUACAGACUUCACUACAGAAAGAUGAUAUCAGCUGGGACUACUGACUGUUCUGCAGAGGUGUUCUUGAACUGUCCCAAACUGGCCAAACUUUCUCACAAUCUGGAUAUAAAGCAGCUGCCUUUCUCGCUGUGUGGAAGAGACUACCAUACGCUAAGCGCACUUUUGAAAUACAGGCUCUUAGUUCUCCAUCACUGCAUUUGAUUGUAUAUAUUAUGGUCUAGCUUAAAACACAUUCCAUUUUUAAGCACCCAGCCACUGAGUUGAAUAGUAGGGUCCCUUAUGUUGUGAUUCCAGCAUUCCCUCCAUUUUCCUUCAGCACACCAAGCACCGCACAUUUAUGUGGGUUGGUGUGUGUGUGAUGUGACAGUGCGAUUUCACACUGCUGUUGAACUGGGAGGCUGCUCAGGAUGAAUCUUCUUUGAAAUCGAUGCUGCAGCCCUGAGUCUUAAGGGCUUUUUGUCAGUUCUGUGUGCAGCUGCAGUGACUCUAUCUCUCGGGGAACAUCUUUUAAAGGUGUUCUGUGGAGCUUUCUUCAAAAUGCUUUCCCAGUUCCCCUUCUGCUCCAUUGCAUUAGUCAGCAUGAAUGGCAGAGGAUGUUUGAGUACUCAAAAAAGGAGCAGAAUAAUUUAUGAAUUAUGUUGCUUAAUGAUCAAAGGAUAUUUUUCUACAGAAAUCCUACUUUAGGGAAAAGGUAUAGGAUAGGGGAUAACACCCCGUUUCUCGUUCACAGCUUUGUGUGGUAAAGGAGUGAGAUAAACCACAGGUAUUUUAAACUGCAAGUGCCUCAAUCAUGCCUUUCAGUCCUGGCAUCUUGCUUUUAACUUGAAAUAUGUGCUUUGAUGAGCUAUCUACUUUGGUAGUGGUGCAAUUAAUUUUGUGCUCUGACUUGCACAGCUGAGUAAAUUUUAUUUAUUAUGUUAAUAAUUUAAAGAAUUUCCUAUUAAUGGAAUGUACAGAAGACCUAGAUUACUUGUAUAUACAGUGGAAAAACAAUAAAGCCAGCUUGCCUGUUGAGUGAAUUGUGGGAAA